AUGUCAGGUCAAUACGGUGGAUCAGACGACCCUUGUAUCCUUGGUUAUACAAAUGGCGUUUAUCCUAAUGGUACUCUUGGGAAGGGUAACUGGCAGCGCUUCAAAUAUAUGCCCACCGAGCAUGAGAAAGCUAUUUGUCAAGCUCCAAAUGAUCCAUGGAUAGAUUCACCUCGUUAUGCUUGGUGGACAAUGUAUUUUAUUCUUGCAGCUUUAGUAGCUAUUGCAGUUGUUAAUGCUAUCAAACGUCUACACGCACUUAAUCGACCUGACAAAUUUCUUUUGAUCAGUAUCGUAGGUUUACCUAGCGUGAUAAGUUUUAGGCCAAAAAUCAGUGCUUAUGCUAGAUUAAUUAGUUAUCCUCAAAGUAAUUGGCUUGGCGGUAUCAUACCCGCCACUGGUCCAAGUAUUUUACUUUUUUUAUUUUUACUUUUUACAAAUCUUAUUUGUUUCAUACCUCGUCCUUAUUAUCGACCUCCUAACUAUGGUAGCUCUGUACUUGGGUUAAGAACUGAAUGGGUAGCAACUGCAAUGAUGCCUUGGAUAUAUGUACUAAGUUGUCGCAGGAAUGUUAUAUCUUAUUUAACAGGAGUUUCAUAUCAAAGAGUUAUGACGAUUCAUAAAUAUUCACCAUGGAUUUGUUUAUAUUAUUCAAUUAUUCAUACUUGGACCAACAUCAUUAGAGCAAAUCGCCAACAACCAUGGUGGUAUACAUGGCAAAAUAAUGCGCUUUAUCGAAACGGAUUCCCCCCUUUGGUCGCAUUGGCUUGGUUGUGUAUUAUGAGUCUUGCUCCGAUCAGGGCAAGGUUUUAUGAAACGUUUUAUUUCUUUCAUAUGGUGGCUGCUUUGAUUUUUCUCAUUUGGAUGUAUUGGCAUACAGAAGCUUACCUCAACUCAUUCCAAUACUUGCACGCGACUGCUGGACUUUGGGGAGUUGGCAUCGCUUGGCGUAUAUUGUCAAUCUUGGCAAAUCAAGGAUUCAUUCUAAAAGGAUUUCCAAGAGCUGAAUUAGAAACAUUGCCCGGUGACGUUUACUCAAUGAAGAUCUCAGUUCCACCUGCUUAUCGUUGGAAAGCAGGUUCGCAUGUAUCAAUUCGAUUCCUCACAGUUAGACCCUGGGAAACACAUCCAUUUACGAUAGCUUCAAUACCUAAUUCUCGUCAAUAUUCUUAUCCAAACAGAGGCAAAGGAUCAGAAAAAGAAGUAUUAUCAAAUUCAGUAUCAGUGACUGAAACUCAAGUAGAUUCUCAAAAUGAAGAGCAAUCUGUCUUAAAAAAUAAUGAAAUGUACUUUUUAGUUCAACCUCAUUCAGGAUUAACUAGAAAAUUGAAUCAAUUAUUAUCUAAAAGACAAGGAAAAUCAAAUUUAAAAUUACCUUGUAUUUUAGAUGGACCAUAUUCAGGAUUUAUAGAUUCGAUUAAAUCAUGUGAUAAUUUAAUCAUGAUUUCAGGUGGAACGGGAAUCUCAGCAUUGAUUCCAUUGAUCUUAGAAGUAAAUCAGCAAGAUCAAAAAAUUCAAAUUGAAGUACAUUGGGCUACAAGAAAUAACGAAGUAAUCGAAACUUGGUUUUCUAAUCAAGAUUGGAUUGAAAAAGUUAAAUUAAAUGUUUAUCUUACUACAACCUUGACUGAAAUUUCAUCAACUAGAGAGAAAGAGAAAGUUAUUCAAUCCGAAUCGGAAUCACAACUUAAAGAACCAAGUAGAGUCGAUCAACUUGAAGAAGGAAUUCUUCCAGUAGUACAACAAUCAGUGCUAUCUAAUGAAGAUCUGACUUCGAAUGAAAAGUCUAAAAGGUAUAGCGUUAAAAGAGAGAGACCAAAACUUGAAUCAAUUAUCGAAAAUGCUACAAAUCAAUAUCAUGGACGUGUUGGAGUGGUUGUUUGUGGACCAAAAAUCAUGAAUUUAACAGUCAGAAAUGCAGUCGCGAAAUCACAAUUGAACAUCAUCAAAGAUAAAACUUUGUGUAAAGAAUUAGAAUUAUAUGAAGAAAUGUAUUCAAUGUAA